CACAAUUCCCUUGUCAUUCCAGGACUGGAGCAAUUAGGCAACACAAGGCAAUAGUUGUGUUUGGUACGGCUGACUGCGUUUGUGCUCCCGCCGUACCCCACAGCCUUAUGGGUAAAAAGAGAGGAAGUAGAAUCUCUGCUCCUUCUCUCUGUCUGAUUUUUAUUCUUUGACGAUAGAAUCUGGUUCGAUUCCGUGUUCAUUUAAGCUAAAUAAAGUCGUUUAAAAAAUUUUUGUUGAAAUGUCUCGCAUUAAGCGUUUUAUUUUGAAAAACCACGACUUCCUCCCGGGCGUCAAUUAAUCCUCCGACUCAUUCUGUGUCAUGGUUUGACAAGGUCGUUUUCCUCCAAUCGCCAGAAUUAGCAGGUGUUUGGUCUCCUUUACCACCAACGAAGGCCACGCUCACACGGCUGCGAAGCGCGGACCGAGCACGAGAAAAAUCCACGGCUCCACGGUGUCGCCUGACGUCCGCCAUUGCUGUCGUUGUGCCGUUGAGCAGGACUGACCGCGGUGAAAGAUGCUUCUCUUUGCACCUCCUAACAGAAGAGAACUUGUUGACGCUCCCUGACCGGGGUGGACCAGCGGUUCUUCAGACAGGACGUCAUAUAAAAGUUCUCUACGAAAUACACAACACUGUAUCUGGGAAAUAACAACGGACCAACUUUAAACUGCAUCAGGAUUGGAAAUGAUCUCAGCAAAGGAUGUGAUUGGUUGGACCAGAUGUUUCCAUGACAUCAGAUUCUAAGGCCGGUCAGUGAAGACAAACCUUUCUGAUCUGGAGCAGCAGUCUUCAGAAGACGGUCGAGUCAUGACCUGGACCGUCCAACCCUCCGUCACGGUCAGGUAUGGACAAAGGAACCUCCUGGAACCUGAAGUACCAAGAACCAACUUUCACAGCACCACCUCGACCAGGGAUCUGGAACCAGACGAUGGAGCUGGAUGCAGACGAUAAGCGCCAUCGAACACGCUCCAAAGUGCCUGUGGAUCCAGCAUUAACAGAGCUUUUCAGUGUGUAUGGAUGCCCUUUGGCCAAGAGGAGAACGAGUCUAGACAGACAGAGCCUGGAACCGUCGCCCAAAAGGAGCACCUACCUCGAUGACAUGGACAACUCCACGAUGGAGGAGUGCUACGACACUGACGGAACUGAGGAGAUGGAUGACCGAGAGGAAGAGGAGGAAGAUGCUGUAGCCGAGGAGGAGGACGGAGAGGUGGAGGAGGACGAAGAGGAGGUGGAGGGCUAUAUGGACUACAACGUGGAGCAGAUGGAGAACGAAGAUGGGGAGGAGGAGAGAGGUGACGGGGAGGUAGAUGAGGACGAGGAGGAGGAGGAGGAGGAAGAAGUAGAGGUGGAGCAGGAAGAGGAGGAGGAGGAGGGCGAUGUUGAGAGGGUGGAUGGGGCGGCGGAAGAGGAGGAAGAGGAGGAGGAGGAGGAGGCCGUAGAGGACGUGGACUAUGAAGAAGGAGAAGACGAGGAUGGAGAUCAGAGUCAAGAACCAGAUGAAGAUCAGAUGAGCGGCGGCGAGGGCGACGGUGGAGGUGGCGGAGGCGAGUUCAAACCUGGGCCGGCGGCGGAGAAGGACAACAACAACAACGAUGAAUAUGAAAACUACGAUGAACUGGUGGCCAAAUCCCUCCUGAACCUGGGGAAGAUCGCCGAAGACGCCGCCAUCCGAGCCAUGACGGAGUCUGAGAUGAACAGCAACUCCUCUCACAGUGCUGAGGAAGAGGAGGACGAGGAGGAAGAAGAGGAGGAGGAAGAGGAAGAGGAGGAUGAGGAGGAAGAGGAGGAGGAGGAAGAAGAGGAAGAGGAGGAGGAAGAGGAGGAAGACGAGGAGGGGGACGUCGAUGAAACACAGAGGAGUGGCGUUGGUUUGGACGUGGACAGUGACGUGGUCCGGGAAACAGUGGACUCCCUCAAACUGCUGGCACAGGGACACGGUGCUGUGUUGUCCGACAACUUAGAGGGUCAGGACUUUGAGGGCGGUACUGCCGAGAACGGGGGCGAGGCUGACUCCGCCCACAACAGUGGAAACGCACACAACGGUGGUAACGGACAGCAUAAGACCACCGGUAACGGACAAACGGAGAACAGUGACGAGGAAGUGUGUCUAAGCAGUCUGGAGUGCCUACGGAACCAGUGCUUCGACUUGGCUCGGAAAUUAAGCGAAACAAAAUCCAGUGACCGGAACGGAGUACCCCAGGAAAAUCAUUUCUCGUGCGGAAAUCCCAAUCAGCAGCCGCAGCAUCACGGCUACCUGGAUUACCAUCACGGCCAAGACAACAGGCGGACGAUGGACAGAAACUACUCUGACAUGGACAAUCUAAUGAAGCUGGAGGAGCAGCUGAGCCCCCGCUCCAAAGCUUUUUCUAGUUGUGCGCAGGACGACCACUAUCACAUCAACCACCGGGACUUUGACGAGGACACCGCCUCGGUGACGUCGGACCGAUCGGAGGAAGUGUUUGACAUGACCAAGGGAAACCUGUCGCUGCUGGAGAAGGCCAUCGCGCUGGAGUCAGAGCGAGCCAAGGCCAUGAGCGACAAGAUGGCUGCCGAGGCGGUCAGGAGGGACGGCCUGAGGUACAACCACGAAGACCACGGCCUCAGGCACGGCUACGGCGUUGAGCGGAAAGCUCGCCUCCACGACGGCUUGAAGAAACCUUUCUACCAUAAAGAUGUGUCUCGCGUAGACAAAAAGGAAAGUCGGUGUCCGACGCCAGGCUGCGAUGGCACCGGUCACGUGACGGGGCUGUACCCACAUCAUCGAAGCCUGUCUGGGUGUCCACACAAGGACCGGGUCCCACCAGAAAUCGUGGCGAUGUAUGAGAAUGUUCUAAAGUGUCCUACGCCUGGCUGCACGGGACGCGGUCAUGUCAAUAGCAACAGAAACUCCCACAGAAGUCUGUCUGGAUGUCCCAUCGCUGCUGCUGAGAAACUGGCGAAAGCUCACGAAAAGCACCACAGCUGCAGCGGCCCCAAGUCCAACCAGGCGUCGGACAGAGUCCUGAGGCCAAUGUGCUUUGUCAAACAACUGGACUAUCCACAGUAUGGUUACAAGAACAAUGUCUCCACCAGCACGCCCCGCUCCAACCUGGCCAAGGAGCUGGAGAAGUACUCCAAGACCAGCUUCGACUACGGCGCCUUUGACGGCAGCAACAACCACCAAGUGUACGGGAAACGGGCCAUCGCACCCAAGAUGCACGGGCAGAGGGACACCUCACCCAAAGGAUACGACGCCAAACGUUACUGUAAGAACUCCAGCUCGGCCAGCAGCACCACCAGCACCUACGCCCCCAGCAGCAGCAGCAGCAACCUUAGCUGCGGGGGUGGAGGCGGUGGUGCCGGCGGAGGAGGAGGGGGCGGGGGCAGCAGCGCCAGCAGCACCUGCAGCAAAAGCAGCUUCGACUACAGCCACGACAUGGAGGCGGCCCACAUGGCGGCCACGGCCAUCCUGAACUUGUCCACCCGCUGCAGGGAGAUGCCCCACGGCUUGGACGGGAAGCCUCAGGACCUGUGCUCGCCGAGCCCUGGUCUGGAUGUUGAUGAGAAUGGGACCUUGGACCUGAGUAUGAGCAAGCGUCUGUGCAGCGGUGAUGCGGGGGGAGGAGACUCUGUGCUCACCCCCCUUGAGCCCAUGUCGCCCCAGAGGCAGGCCGCCCUGCUGGGCUCCCGCUGCUACGGCAUAGGAGACGCGCCGGACUGUUGGAACCUGCCGGUAGACUACACCAAGAUCAAGCACAUAGAUGAGGACGACAAAGAGGCGGACGACCUGGAUCCGUUCCACGACCUCCUGGACGAUCGCUCCUACUCCACAGAGGUCAACAUGUCCAGUCCUAAGGUCAAGUACCUGCAGUGUAAGGAGAGCAAGAAGGACCUGAUAACUCUCUCAGGUUGUCCUUUAGCCGAUAAAAGCAUUCGAAGCAUGCUGGCCAACAACGCGCAAGAGCUCAAGUGCCCGACACCAGGGUGCGAUGGUUCGGGUCAUAUCACUGGCAACUACGCUUCACACAGAAGUCUCUCAGGGUGUCCACGGGCCAGAAAAAGUGGGAUAAAGAUCAUCCACAGCAAAGAGAACAAGGAGGACCAAGAGCCCAUCAAGUGUCCAGUCCCGGGUUGUGACGGUCAGGGACACGUUACUGGGAAGUAUGCAUCGCACAGAAGUGCGUCGGGAUGUCCCGUAGCAGCCAAGAGACAGAAGGACGGUUAUCUAAAUGGCAUUCAGUUCACGUGGAAGUCCGGGAAGACGGAGGGAAUGUCCUGCCCCACGCCAGGCUGCGACGGCUCGGGUCACGUCAGCGGCAGCUUCCUGACACAUCGUAGUCUGUCUGGUUGUCCUCGCGCCACCUCCGCCAUGAGGAAAGCCAGGCUCUCCGGAGUGGAAAUGCUCACCAUAAAGCAGCAACGCACCAGCAACGGGCUGGAGCACGAAGACGAGAUCAAACAGCUGGAUGAAGAAAUCAAAGACUUGAGUGAAUCUAAUUCCCAGGUGGAAGCAGACAUGAUUAAACUGAGAACACAGAUUACAACAAUGGAGUCCAACCUGAAGUCCAUGGAGGAGGAAAACAAGAAACCACUGAUACACAAAGAGCCUCCGCUUCAGAACAACAGCUGCCUACAACUGCACCAGCAGGCUCCUCUGAGUGAGCAGAACUUUGACGCCUACGUGACCACUCUGACGGACAUGUACACAAAUCAAGACCAGUACCAGAGCCCAGAAAACAAAGCUCUGUUGGAAAACAUCAAGCAAGCCGUUCAAGGGAUCCAAGUGUAACCCUGCAGCAGAGGGAGGUCGCUGCCCCCCAGUGGCUGGACGUACUGGAUCACAUCCACUGGUCCACGAGCACUGAUGAUCCUGGCUCCUUAUGUUGGUGCACUAACUUAUAUAGUGUUAUAUAUUCUGAGUUCUGAGGUGUUAGGAUGAGGAAGAACUGAAGAUCCUUUCUCUACAUCUUAGUUUUCUUCUUCUUUUUUGGUCGGGUGGGGGGGCAGGUGGGGGGGUCUUGCUUUGAGGAAGAAAACAAAAGAGUAAAGUGCAAACAUCAUUUUUGAAGACUUUUCUACGUUUUCAUAUGAACUGACAGACAGUAGUGUCAUGUGAUGUUUCUAGCUGCUCAUGUAUGCACAUUUUAGUGUAUAUUCCUGAACGGGAAGCUAACGAUAUUGGACCGUGACUUCUUUUUAUGUUUGACAUGAAGAGUUUCAAAGGAAAAGAAAGGACAGUGAACUAACAAAAAAAAAAAAGAAAAGAAAAGAAAAAUCCACCAGAGUCAGAGUGGGAGGAGUUAUUUUUCUGCUCACUGUCUGAUUUUGGACUUUAUAAUUUCACAUCUUUCUUUCUUCUUCCUCUUUUUUCUUCUUCUUCUUGUGUGUGGAAUGUUCCGGAACAAGAACUGGUUUGCGAACUGCUUUAUAUUCUUCUCCAGAAAUGUUUUUUUCUUUUUGUUCUGUUUUUGUUUUUUUGAUGGGGAAAAAAAAACAAAAAACAAAAACACGAUGUGUACCUGUAGGGGGCAGCAUUUGUACCUGGUGCUGUAAAUGACUUCAGAAAGGAUUCUGAGCAGAUGUAUGUAUGAAUAUAUGUCUGAUCAGUGAUAUAGUAAACAUCAUCCCCCCGCGACCCCCCUCCCCCCCAUCUAGGACAGCUGUUUCCUAGUCAUUCGUUCACUGAGGAACACAUCAGUGCAUGUCGACAUGCUCAUCCUUGACUAAUGUCCAACAGAAAAACCACAGUGUGUAGAGACAAUGACCGCGUUCUGGCUUUUCUAGAAUCAAAUCUGCUCAAUCUCCAGACUGGUGUUGCUUAGAAGAGAAAUGUCUCAGCAAUAUAAUCAUGAAAUCAUGUGUUUAUAGUCGGUACAGGAGGCAAUCUGCAAAGGAAUAAAAAGGUUGGGUAUAUGCAAUUUCUUCUUUAUAAGCAUAGUGGGGAAACAGGAAUCUUUUUAAUAGAAUCUAUGUCAAAUAUGGAUUUUUUAUACAAAUCUUUUAAUACAAAAAUCUUUAAAAAUAAUAAUCAAAAAAAAAAAAAAAAAAGAAAAAGUAGGAGGGAACCUGGACAUUGUGAUUCAGAAGGGAAAGUAUAUGAGUUCCACUUUUUUUCUGUAGGAUUUUGCACAGGGACACCUUGGUUUCCAUGUUUUGAUGUUCUCACAGGAACUAAAAGCAGUACUCCAGCACCUAAAAGGAGGGUUUCCCAGGGGUUUUGUAAAGAGUAUUUAUAGAGUAUGACAGCGGGACUUACAGGGUCACUGUCCCCACUUAUGUGCCACUAGACUAUUUGCACUUGUCCUUGAAGAUAUUAUCCUGGUGUACGGCGGCGUGCAAUUUUCCCGGCGACCUCUUUGGCGCACGAUCGGAGCGACCGACUGCUCGGAGCCACUGCGGGUGUGGACUCAGUACCAGGGAGGGAGGAAGAACAGGGACUUGAAAUCAGAGAGAAGGAUGAUUAGAACCAUAGCAGUUAUACUGUAGGCUAUUAUGUCAAACAUUAAUAAUGGUCUUUCAUUUUUGAUAUGUUUUAGGAAGACCAUGUUACCCCCCCACCCCACCCCACCCCACCCCCCAGCAGCACUUUAUAUCUAAUCACUGUACAAAGGAGUAAAAUAGUCAAUCAAUCAAAGUUUUUUUUUUUUUUUUUUAAAGAUGAAGAAACUGAAGGUCAGGUGAAAUGUGACCUUCGUGGGGUGAUACAAUCCAGCCUGUAUGCCUGACUGUAUGCACCCCUCUGUUCUAUUGUCCUAGUUGUUAGCCAUCAUGUUCAGAAUUGGCCUUUUUGAGAGCUAAUGCAAAAGGUGCUGGUUGUUCACCUGACUGAAUCUCAUCUGUCGUACCUUCUGUCCUCUUCCAGGACUCUACUACCCAUCAUUCAUGACUGCAUUCGCCUUUUUCCACAGCAUCGUGUUUGCAGCUUUUUGCCAAUAUAGUAAUGCUUCGGUAGAGUAAUAGCUAGUGCAGUUUUCAAUGAAUCGUCAUAAUCAGUAACAAUGGCAGAGGGGUUUCAAAGCACAAACUGGCUGCUCGUCUGAUGUCGGUACUUCAAAACGGUACCAGAGCUAAAAAAAGAGGGAUCUGUGACUAUCUAUAAGGAACACAAGGAGGUUGUCAAGUAUUUAGAAUGCUGACUAUGAAUUAUUGUAAAUGAAUCUGAAUUGAUUAUUUUAUUUGAGCCAAUUCCUUUGGAGGUUGAUUUGAGGGACCGUUAACAAAGACUGGAUUUUGUAAAAACUCUUGUGCUCUCUGUGGAAC